AUGAACGAAACGUGGCUCAAGCUGGUGUUAAUGUUCGCGAUGUUCACAUUAACAGUUGUUGUUGGAUUAUCACCAUUAAAACUUCUCCACAAGUUACGACACGAAGCAGCCACCGCUCAAAGUUCAUCAAAGCACAAGCACGUAUCACUCAUCCUUUGUCUUUUGACAUGUUUUUCUGGAGGUGUUUUCUUGGCUACAUGUUUCCUUCAUCUUUUCCCAGAGCUUCGUGAAAACUUGGAAAAACUCCACGACAAAAAAGCCAUGAACACCACUUAUCCAGUCGGAGAACUUCUUUCUUGUCUCGGAUUCUUCCUAAUCUUUCUUCUCGAAGAAGUCGUUAUUAUGAUGAUUCCUUCAUUUGCUCACGGGCACGGACACGGAGGACAUGGUCAUGGGCAUGAUCAUCAUCAUCACGAAACCACGCCACCAAUUGCGUCGAAAAGUAUUGAAGCUGGUGGUGGGUGUUGUAUGGUAGAAACAGUUGAAGAAGUAAAAGAAAAAGAACAUGAUAUUGUUGCCGAUGAAAAAACUGCCCUCACGUUGAUGUCAAAGCGAGCAAUUUCAGAAGAAAAAGAAGGAGAAGGUCACUGUCAAACGCAUUGCCCGUUAACUGUUCAUGAACGUAGGGGAUCCAAUGAAUGUACUGCUAAUGCCACACACACUUUCGCCCCAGUUGCAUUCGCUGAGCCAGAAAGAUGUGAGACGAAUUGCGAUGAACACGACGAAGAUCCGCCAAUUUUGAUGAAGUCCCGCCCACAUGCUCACUCUCACGGCGUUCGAUCAAUCACUUUUGUGUUGGCUCUUGGAAUUCAUUCGAUAAUUGAGGGUCUCGCAUUUGGAGUACAAGAUGGAUAUGAUACGAUUGUCGCUUUGUUCCUUUCUCUGAUGGUUCACAAACUCAUUGUCGCAUUCUCAGUCGGAAUUCAGUUGUUCCGUACUCAUGCGCAUCAAAUUCGAUGGGUGAUAAUCUCCAUUUUCAUUCUUGCAUCAAUGACUCCUUUGGGUGCUUUGAUUGGUGUCGCAGUCACAUCAGCAGCUGAAGAUGCCUUGUGGAAAGAUUGGACAGUUACGAUUCUUCAGGGACUUGCUGUCGGAACAUUCAUUUAUGUUACUUUCUUUGAGGUUCUUCUUCAUGAAAGAGACAAUGAACAUCCAAAUUUAUUAAAACUGUUUGUCAUGUUCGUUGGAUUUGCACUAAUCGGAGGGAUCCGUUUGUUCGAAGGAGAACAUGGACAUUCUCAUAAUGAUAAUCACCACACCAGCUUCGAGAAUGGAUCGCUCAUUCCUGACGUUCAUGGUCAUUGA